UCCAAUCUCCUAAAGCUGAGAACUCUUCUGCUUCAUAAAAACAGCCUGACAACCCUCCCACCUGAGUUGAUCAAGCUCAAUAACCUUUCAGAGUUGAGCCUGAGAGACAAUCCUUUGGUGGUGAGGUUUGUUCAUGACAUGGGCUAUGACCCUCCAUCCUUGUUGGAAUUAUCAGCCAGAGCUGUCAAGAACCAUGGAACUCCAUAUGGAAAAGGCGAUCUACCAUGGACUCUUUUUGAAUAUCUGAACUCUGCUCAAAAAUGUGUGAACCCACAGUGUGAAGGAGUCUACUUUGACACCAGAGUGGAACACAUAAGAUUUGUGGACUUUUGUGGGAAGUACCGCAUCCCCCUUCUACAGUAUCUCUGUUCACCCAAAUGCACCAGCUCACCUUCUGGGUGCAACAAUAUGUCUGCCCAUGCUUCCCGGCUCAAGAAGGUCCUCCUUGGUUAAAUCCCUCUUCCUCUGUUGUGCUUCUCAUCAGGAGCUAUAGUCCAGCUGAAAGCAAGAGUCCUUUAGUAGAUUGACUGAAUAUCUCAUAUUUCCGUGUUCUUGUUGACCACAUAGUAGUCCCUGCAGAUGCUUGUAACGUUCUAUCCCAUCCUAGAAAGUGAAGGUAAAUAUGGCAUCAACAACCUUCAUGAAAGCUCUCGUAGAUGAGUCGCCCAUGUUAGGUAGGAUUUACUUCCACCCAAGCCAGAUGUACAUGGUAGGAAAUUUUAUCUAGUGUUUUUCACUUGAUUCAGACAUUCAUGCAUGAAGAGCACCUCGUUCACAGGUGUCUGAGUCAAGUGAAAAACGCUAAAAUUUUGUGGAAGGUUCUAGGCUUAGAAUGGCUUAUAAGUAAAACUUCCAUGGUAUACUUUACUUCAUCACUAAGUCUUCCUUCAUGCACAAGGUUUUUUGGCUUUGCCAAUUUUAUGAAGACCUUAUGACAGAAAUCUCACCUUCACUUGGUCCCAUUCAUACAUCUCAGUCCAUAUUUGAACCUAAUUUGUGGAAUAGACUGAUAGGCCCUCAUUUUCUAAUUGGUAGAAAUGAAUCUCAGCUCUUCAGUGUGAGGGUCUUCAUGUGAUUAUUGAUUGUAUUUCAAGAAAUCUAUAAACUUAAUGCAUCCCUAUGAAGUUGUGAUACAUAGAGGUAUAGAGAGCUACUUGUUUGUUUUCAAGCCUCUUGAUGGCUUGAAAAAUCUGAGAUCUGCCUUUUUAAUGUCUCCUGGCAGGUAGGGAUGAUUAUUUUUUCAUUUAUAGCACUGAUAUUUGGUCAGUUUCUAUCUUGUUCCUAAUUCCAAACUUCUUGAUGUACUAUUUUUCCAAGAGCCUAAGUCAUUUAAUUCAUUCAUGCCCGGUGCUUGUUUGAAUGUCAAUGGACCUAACAUUUGGGAGACUCCUAUAGGAGGCACUUACUUUAUCUCCUCAUGGAGAUUGCUGUAUGAGGAUUGUUUAGAUGCAUUUUCAAAUUUACAUGCAAGACAUCAUGGUGGUGAUUUGUCCCUCUCCUUAGGCACAUCACCCCAAACUGGUGGAUAUGUUUUCAGCUGAUGUUCAACAGAUUUAGUAGUCCUGUCUUUUUGCUGCAAACCUCCCACAAGAAAACUGUCUUCUUUCUGGAUGUGCUAAGUCUCAUCAUUAGGGCAUCAUUACAAAUCUUUCACCUAAGAGGAUUCUAGUUGCAUGGAGUCUUUUGGGAAAAAGGGUUGCCUCCCUCCACCUUUAAUCAGCUUUCUCAAGUCAACCAGCAUGAUGUCUUCAAAUUUUUUGAACAAUCCUUGUAUAAUACACUGCUUAAAUAGUGUUUUGUAUAUUCCUUUUACAUUGCUGAGGCAUACACAACAUACUUCAUGAGGGAUGAAGCAAAGUGC